CAGCAUUGAAACAGCCACAAAUAUCCACUGGCUAUAAUAGUCCUGAAUAUAGAGUAUAAUAGCUCCUCGCCGUGCGUCCGUGCGUCGCUAUUUCUAUUCACGGCUUUUCUCUUCAAAAACAAUCUUAAUUGUGCAUAGAAACAGAAACGUUGCUUUUAAACGUCCAUCCCUGCACUUGUUUGUCAAGCGCCCGACGCGGUUAAGGUUCCUGUUAGUGCGCCCCUCGUUCCUCCUCUUCACUCUCUUAAAAAACUCUUCAGGUUUUUCCAACUGAGCGACUCAGGCUGAGGCGGGCGCAACCGCACUAGAGGGGGGAAGUCAAGUCGUGCAGGACUGGCGCGGUAUCCUCGCACGGUUCACAACUCAGAGAAGACCCGACUCGCGCUCAGCCAUGCUUUUAAAUGAUGGUGGAACAUGCUGAUUGUAAAAGUUGAGCAGGGAUUUCUAGUUGUGGGGUGUUUGCGAGGCAUGGCUUUCGUUUUAACUUGCUUAUUCCUGUCAUGUUAUAGUGUCAACAGCGCAUGGGGACACAGUGAUACCAGUAUCUACUUGGAUAACAUCACGCGUAUAUUGGAUAGAUUACUGGACGGCUAUGACAACAGGCUGCGACCUGGAUUUGGAGGUCCAGUUACAGAGGUCAAAACUGACAUCUUUGUCACCAGCUUUGGACCCGUUUCAGAUGUGGAGAUGGAAUACACCAUGGACGUGUUCUUUCGUCAGACAUGGAUUGACGAACGGUUAAAAUUCGAGGGCCCCAUCGAGAUCCUGCGGCUCAACAACCUGAUGGUCAGCAAGAUCUGGACGCCUGACACUUUUUUCCGGAAUGGCAAGAGGUCGAUCUCUCACAACAUGACCACCCCCAACAAGCUGUUUCGCAUCAUGCAAAACGGAACCAUCCUCUACACCAUGAGAUUAACUAUAAAUGCAGAGUGUCCCAUGCGUCUGAUGAACUUCCCGAUGGAUGGCCAUGCCUGCCCGCUCAAGUUUGGGAGUUAUGCAUACCCUAUGAGCGAGAUUGUGUACACGUGGAAGAAAGGACCUCUCUCUUCCGUCGAGGUGCCACAGGAAUCCUCCAGUCUGCUGCAGUAUGACCUGAUCGGUCAAACGGUGUCAAGCGAGAGACUGCAAUCCAAUACAGGUGAAUAUGUGAUCAUGACCGUCCACUUCCACCUACAAAGGAAAAUGGGCUUCUUCCUGAUCCAGACGUACAUUCCCUGCAUCAUGACCGUCAUCCUGGCCCAAGUCUCUUUCUGGAUUAAUAAGGAAUCAGUUCCAGCUCGGACUGUGUUUGGUAUCACCACUGUCUUGACCAUGACGACACUCAGCAUCAGCGCCCGCCACUCCCUGCCCAAAGUCUCGUACGCCACAGCCAUGGAUUGGUUCAUCGCCGUUUGCUUCGCCUUCGUCUUCUCCGCCCUGAUUGAGUUUGCAGCCGUCAACUAUUUCUCCACCCUCCAGGCCAACAGGGAGCUGCGGAAGGCGGCGGCGAUGAAGGCGGCGGCUCAGGAGGCGGCUGCAGCGGCGGCUGCAGGAGCACCCCCACCUGCAGCCACGGGGAACGACGGCGAGGUUUCCUCAACGGAUGCCACUAGUGUGCUGAAGAAGAGGAUGAACUCUGCGCCGGUGUUUGACCGUCCUGCCAAAACAUUCCCCAACCCACCUGUCAAUGCCCAAGCCUUCCUGCAGCAGGGUUCAGCUGUACCGGCCAACAAUGUUCUGACCGGCACCAGCAUCAUCGACAAAUACUCCCGCAUUCUCUUUCCCCUUUCAUUUGGCGCCUUCAACCUGGUCUACUGGAUCGUCUAUCUCACUAAGGACACCAUGGAGAUGUCCAGAGAUACCGUCUGAACCGAGAGUUCAUCGCCCCCGUCUGAGGACACCGCAUUCAUUUCCAUUCAUUCGGACAUAAACAGUUAAUGCCUAACACUAAACAUAAUCCACAUCUGAACCCUAACCUGAACUAUUUUCCUCAGAAAUGAGGUUCUGCCAUGUGGAGAAAGUCAGUGUUUAUACCA